CGCUGGUGCAGUGACACAGUUUACGAGGGGCCGGGAAGGCAUCUCUUGGAGCAUGCGCACUUGCGAUAUCCGGACUUGUCACGUGUGCAAACAAACCUGCCCAGUAUUCCUGCCCAAAGUUUGGCUCUUUGUGCUCUAAUAUGAUUAGCUGACUUCAUAAAACAAUAUGCGAUAACCAGAUGCAUGCAACAGUUGCAUUAACUAACUAAAUACACAUCCAAUAGAAACAACCGUCUCUGUUGCCGUUAGCAACGGUAACGUUGCCAAUAUCGUGGAUGUUUACAUCCUCCUCAGCAGCGAUGGCGUUCCCUGUAACAGAGUGCGUAAUAACGUCUUGUUCCGACAUCAUUUUGUCUGCCACAGCAUUUUACUCCUCCUACAGACUCUUUAAGGAUCACAGGGCUCCUUCAGUAGGCCUCUUCCUGCUCGGACUAUCUGCAGCACUUUGCAUCGUUCUUCCCUGCAGCCCAUACCUCGCCUCGAUCAAGAGAGAAACUGAGUGGGCCGGUGAAGUUUUUGCCCCAGUGCUGUUCGCCUUUGACUUCCUUUGGCUCAGCGAAGACCACAACACGGCAUACAUUCUUCUCUGUGGUUCCUGUCUGCUGCUGGGAUUAAGUGACCGGCUGUCAGCAGAUGCUCUGACGCUUAUGACGCGUUGCCUCGGGUUGUCUUCCCUGUCCUGCUGCCUGACGGUGUGUCUGUUUGCCAGUAAUGCUUUAGGAGCCUUUGGCGGCGUCGCCCUCAGCCUCCCGUUGCUUUUGGCUCAAAAUGUCAGAACAAACACUUUAGCUCCACUCAUCCAUCCAGCUGCAACUGAGGGUCUCAUCAAGGGUCUGUUGAAGGGCUCCAUGUCGGUUGGCUGUUGGGUGUCCACACGAGCCCUCAGCAGGUUUCUGUCAGAUGUCACUGACCAAUAUAACAUUGACUUUCAGUAAAUCAGUAGAGAUCUUUUGUGUGUUUCUAAAUAGACGCAUAAAUAAAUAUGCCUAACUUAAAAUAAUUUAAUUUUCAGUCGUAUUACUUGUAUUUCCAGUGUCAUUAGAACAAACAUUAGGAGUUUGCCUUGAUGAGCUCAAUUGUUUAAGACAAGCUAUUUAAAUAUUUCAAAUUUGGCUGGAUAUUCCAGGCACCGCUAAUACUUUCUGAUUGCUUUCAAUAUGACUUGAUUUAUUGGUUAAUUUGAGUCCACAUGCACUACAAAAUGAUAGGCUUUUACAUAUGGAUUUAAUGUGUGGAAUGACAAUAACUCCUUUUCAUACAGGAUCAUGCUUUCUGUUUUAAAGUGAAGAGUCAAAACGUCACAAUUGUAAUGAAAAGGACAAUUGGAGAUGGAAUGUCCCAAAUUAAGUCCCAAAUUGGAUGUUUUACUGUACCUAAAAGCACAGAAUUAGACGGAUACCACUGAACAAAUGUAUUUGCAUGAGAAAUGCGUGGUGACAUUCUGCGUCACAAGGAUGCAGAUAUAACCUUUUCAGAAAUAAUGAGUGCGCUGAUGACAUUUAUUUUGCAUUUCAAUGUGAUGUGGCCACUAUGUGGGCAUUUUCAUUUUCUAUGUGUGUUUUCUAAAAUUGUUAAGAUUCUAGAACGUUAAUAAUAAUUUUUAAGCUAACAACAUGUCUCGUGAAUAGUUUUAGUGUUCCAAAAACAUCUGGCUACCUCAGAGUAUGGCUCCUAUUUGUUGUGCAGCCUCAGCGCUAUUGCUAUCUGCAGUGAAGCUGUGGGCUCUGCUCUCGCCACCUCCUCCUCAUUUGAUACUUAUUAUGGCACUGCUUGUAUUACUUACUGUCUUUAGUGGCCACAAUGUUAACAGAAAUGUUUAACUCUUUGUCCACAAUGUUGUCCUUGCAAAAUAUUAACAUUCUUUACAGAUACCUGAAGGCGCACUGCAGAUUUUCUGUCAGGAUUUCAAAGUUGUGAUUGGCUCCCUCAGCAGUUUUACCCCAGUGUAUUAAACAGGCAUCUCUUCUGGGUUCCAUUCUGUGGGACAGGGUUUUUCAGAAGUUUACAACAGUCUUGUGUCAUUUAUUGUCAUUGAUUUGCUUUUGGUUGAUACAAAAUGUAAAUGUUUCACCUUGAACUGUACUUGCAAACUAUUAAAAAAAUAAAUUGCUUGA